ACAUUUCUCCCAUCACAGAGUUGAGGGCAACUCCAGAACCUCCUGCAAGAUGCUGCUGAUUCUGCUGUCAGCGGCCCUGCUGGCCCUGAGCUCAGCUCAGAGCUUAAGUGAAGAUGUCAGCCAGGAACAAGCUCCCUCCCUAAUAUCAGAUGGAGGACACUCAAACCAGAGCUCAGAUGAGAAGCCUCAGAGACCACCUUUUGGAGGACACCCACCUAAGCCACCUGCUGGUAAUGGAAGCCAGGAUGAUGGGCCUCAGCACAGACCACCCCCACAAGAAGGCAACAAGCCCCAACGUCCCCCACCUCCUCCAGGAAAGCCACAAGGACCACCCCCACCAGGAGGCCAUCCCCAGAAGCCUCACCCACCUCCUGCUGGAAAGCCGGAGGGACCACCUCCACCUCAUCCAGGAAAGCCGCAAGGACCACCCCCACCAGGAGGUCAUCACCACAAGCCUCACCCACCUCAUGCUGGAAAGCCUGAGGGAUCACCUCCACCUCCUCAAGAGGGCAAACCAACCCAACCUCCCCAGGAACAGCCUUCUCAGUAAUCUAGGAUUCAACGACAGGAAGUGAAGAAGAAGAUGACAGUGAUUCAGGUGAUUCAAAUGCCAUAACAUUGGAAUAAGGUGGCCAUAGCUCUAACUUCAAUAUACCAAUAAAACAGUCAGCUUGCAACUUC